AGUUUGAUGUUCCAGCAAGUGCCCAUGGUGGAGAUUGAUGGAAUGAAGCUGGUGCAGACCAGAGUUAUUCUCAACUACAUUGCCUCCAAAUACAACCUCUAUGGGAAGGACAUGAAGGAGAGAGCCCUGAUUGACAUGUAUACAGAAGGCACGAUCGAUUUGAAUGAAAUGAUUAUUCGCUAUCCAUUCCUUCCACCUGGGGAGAAAGAUGCAAGCUUUGCCCAGAUCACACGGAAAGCAAGGAAGUGUCACUUUCCCACCUUUGAAGAGGUGUUGAAGAGCCAUGGGCAAGACUACCUUGUUGGGAACCGGCUGAGCAGGGCUGACAUUCACGUGGUCGAACUUCUCUACCACAUCGAGGAGCUUAAUGACAGCAUUGUGGCCAGCUUCCCCCUGCUUCAGGCCCUGAGAACCAGAGUCAGCAACCUCCCUACAGUGAAGAAGUUUCUUCAGCCCGGCAGCCAGAGGAAGCCUUUUGAGGAUGAGAAAUUUGUAGAAGAGCUUAAGAAGACCUUCUUUUAAAGGAGACUGGACAGAAUAGUGCAUAGGUUCCCUGUCUUCCAAGUGUUCCAGCACUGGGGUGCCCAGGGCUGGUCCUAAUUCUUGUGGAGCCGAUGAAAGUUUCCAACCGUUAUGUGCUGAUCUUGUUAGACAUGAGCCCUGUGAAUGUAGUUGUAAUAUCAUCUGUUGGGUUUUGAACAGAUUUGAAAUCCUGAUCACCUCCUAAGAUGUCCCUUUGAAUGUAAAUAAUCAGAGAAAGAUGUUUAAUCUCAGAUCUAUUUAAAAACAACAACAACAACAAGAACUUUGUCAUUUAUCAGUUGUUAUAGACCCUAUCAAAAAUUAAGCAGAAUUUUUUUCAUCUGAUGCUUUGGUCUAUGCAAAAGUACUCUUUUCUGAUGUGUUUUGAUAACUUCCUGAAUAAC